AUGUCAUUUGAGCAUUCUGAAGAAACGAAACUCAUGGAUUUGGCCAGCCCUCGAGUUUCGAGCAGGGGAGGAGAUUAUGUAGAAAAAGUGAUUAUCAACUCCAACCGGGGUAUUUAUUUAGAGGUACCAGAAUCUUAACUGCGAGGCAAUUGAUACUUAUCACCUGGAGCCUGGCUAGAAACAUGUCAGGGGAGUAUUGCCUAAUUUCCUGUGUCCUUCUGCUCAUGGUCAGCUUGUCUGUGGGGUUACAGAAUGGGAACAUGAGGCUGGUGGGGGGUGAGCUGGCCCUGGAGGGCCGUGUGGAGAUCUACUAUAAUGGACAGUGGGGGACCGUGUGUGACGACAACUGGGACAUUACUGAGGCACAGGUGGUGUGUCGCAAUCUCAACUACCCUGGUGCUCUCACUGCUGUGGUGGGUGGGACAUACGGACAAGGAUCUGGUCCUAUCUGGAUGGAUGAUCUAAACUGUGAGGGGACAGAGAAAGACUUGUCCCACUGUCACUUCAAAGGCUGGGGGGUUACUGACUGUCAACAUGCUGAGGAUGCUGGUGUGGUCUGUGAAAGAGAAUCGUCUCGGAAUAGCAGUCGCGUCUACACUCUGGACCACAACACAGGCCUCAGUAACCACAUGGGGGCGCUGUUUGACAGUGGACGCGACUGUGACUUUGACAUCAUGGUGCGGGUUGCAAACAGCGCUGUGGAAACCAUCUGUGUUCACAAGCUGAUUGUCACUCUGGACCCAAAUACCUCCAUCUUAAACAGCACACAAGAGGAGAACCUCAGUAACCUCAACCUAGACGUCAGCCUCAACUGCCGGCCACAUGUCACCGACUUCCUGAGGUAUCUGUACACGCGGCAGAUUAACGUGACCAUGUCCUCUGCCCAGUGCAUCCACAAGAUGGCGUCCGACUGGGGUCUGAAGCAGCUUCAGGAGGCGGCAGGGAGGCUUUUCACCUGGCUGCUCCCCGAUGAUGCCUCCUUCCAGACCCAGACCUCUCUGUACGAGUACUCAGUCCACACAGGCGACACAGUUCUGCAGGAAACCUGUCUGCGCUUCCUUGCCUGGAACUGUGAGUCACUGAUCCGUUCCCCAGCCUGGACUGGUCUUGCCCUGGGCACAGUAAAGGCCCUUCUAGCCCGUUCAGACGUGGUAGUGCCAGAUGAGGCCUUCCUCCUAAAGGGUUUGGAGGACUGGGUGUUGGAACAGGGUAACUCGUCCACCCACGAAGACCAGGUCGCCAUUUUGAACCACAUCCGUUUUCCCAUGAUCGCUGCUGAAGAUUUGUUCAACCUCAAAGCCAAGUCUGAACUGUACAUGGACCAACAAGAGCGUUAUAAUGCCGGCAUGUUGCAGGGCUUUCAGUUCAAUGCACUACCCUUCCAGACGCUAGCUGGGGGCCUCCUCCUUAAAAAGGUGGAAUACACACCCAGGAUCUACACUGGCAAGCCAUGGAGCUUCACUUUCAGCUCAAAGGAUCUCAACACGUUCCGAAACUUCGGACACUAUUCCCACUCAGGUCAGAACCUCUACAGCCUCAGUGCUAACUUUGGCAGCCCUGUGCACAACAGUGCCUUUUUUUCCCUGUUCAAAAAGCUCAACUGGAACACCAGGGUCUUUAUCCACAACCAUGAAUGCUCAAACAGCGGCAUCCUCUGUCCGUCGCUGCCGAUGGUCUCGCUAACUGCCCAGAAUAACAGGGAGUUGCCCCAAGAGUAUCAGGACAGCAUCCGCUACCUCAACAAGGUUGUCCUGAUGUGUGAAGGGGAGUUUGUAUUCCAUGUCCAGGACUUUGCAUCCACGAUUGGCAAUGGCGGCAAUCAGGCCCAGAUUCCAGCAAACAUCUCUGCGGGCCAGGCCUAUCCGUGCCACUCAGACCAGUUCUCCUACCGUGUGGUGGUUCAACCUGUGUACACCACUGAGAUCAAGGAGAAUUAGCCGGAAGUAGAGGGACAGGAAUAUGAGGAGAUAAAGUGAACGAAGAUCACUUGGUAGUUAGUAGUUCUUUUUCAAUUAUCCAAGUUUAACAAAGCAAUUUUAGCAACGUCAAUGUAUGUAAUCCUAAGUGUUUUGUUUAACCCAUCCAAUAUCUUCUGAAUGUCACUUCCAGGCAACACUGCAUUAUCAUUCUCAGUGGCGAUUUUAGCAUGUAAAUCUUGGUGUGGCAAAAAAAAAAAAAAAUGGGAUCCAUGCCAGAAAAGCCACAACACUAAACAAUA